ACCUCGCUCCGUCAAAUCCGUGCGCUGCCCUGGCGACCCAGAAAAGAAACAAACGCGAAGCCAAGCCCUCGAUCCUUCCACGCUUCCAGAGGGCUCCAGCCUUUGGGAGUCGCACUCACUCCAUCCCUCCUCUUUCUUUCUUUCUUUCUUUUUUCCAUCUUCGCUGCUUCUUGUCUUCGGCUAUUCCUUCUCUCUCUCGCCCAUCCAUAGCUCGGCGGGAGCACGCAGCUUCUCGCGCCGCGGCAUCCAUCUGGACUUUAUAAUAUUAAAAUAGGAAGGAAGGAAAGAAAGAGAGAGAGAAAGAAAAGGGCACCGCUUUCGCUCUAUUCUUAUUCUCUCUCACCGCUCGCACGAGCAGAGCUCGGUUGUGACCGGCGCUGAAAUUAUCAAGGUGACAUCAUAUUGUGUAAUGAUGGAAUAAGUCUUGCUGUUAUGUUGUGGGCCUUACUGGUGACAUCAUGUUUGACAGCAACACAUCCUGAUUUUUUUCGUGAAUAAAACUACAUUCCGAAUUUUCUUCGUGGAUCAUAUGGAUAUUGCUUCUCCUGUCGGGGACAGUGACCAUAACAUUAAUGAUUUAUGCCCUGAACAAAACUCUAGGCAUCAGGAGCAAGGGCUUAAAUCUGAUGGUAUGGAAAAUGAUUCUGCAGAAGUUGGGUGUGCAGACCGUGAUCAUGUUGAUUCUGAAAAAUUGACUACCCUAGCAGAGCAUGACAAAAGCAUCAAAUCAGAAUCUGAAAAAGCAGAUAUGAAGCAUGGUGCGAAAAAGAACUUGAAAAAAUCGUUACAGAAGGGAAAGAAGGCUUCUAAAAGUUUGAGAGGCAAAAAAUAUUUCUUAAGAUCUUCACUGGAUGGUGUCAGAGUUCUACGAUCAAUGUCAAAGGGGAAAAGCAAGACUGCUGCUGAGUCUGCAACUCCCCCUAUAAAUCCAACAACAAAAAUAAGAAAAAAGAGGAGAAAAGUGAAGGGAGCUUCAAAUGAUGAAUUUUCAGGAACUAGGAAACGUGUAAGGUACCUGUUGACACGAAUAAACUACGAGCAAAGUUUGAUUGAUGCAUAUUCUAGUGAAGGAUGGAAAGGUCAAAGCUUGGAAAAGAUCAGGCCUGAGAAGGAACUUGAACGAGCCAAGUCUGAAAUUUUACGCUGCAAAUUGAAAAUCCGUGACUUAUUUCGGUGUCUAGACUCCUUGCUUUCUGAGGGCAGGCUUCUGAAAUCUUUAUUUGAUUCUGAUGGACAAAUUUGCAGUGAGGAUAUAUUUUGUGCCAAAUGUGGUUCGAAAGACGUAUCAGUUGAUAAUGAUAUCAUACUUUGUGAUGGCACUUGUGACAGAGGGUUUCACCAGAAGUGUUUGAAUCCCCCACUUCUGAGUGAAAACAUUCCUCCUGGAGAUGAAGGAUGGUUGUGUCCUGCAUGUGAUUGCAAGGUAGAUUGCAUUGACUUGCUUAAUGAAUUUCAGGGAAGUGUUCUUUCAAUCGGGGACUCAUGGGAGAAAGUUUUUCCCGAAGCUGCAAAUAGUGACAGGCUAUAUGAUUUAUCCAAUCUCCCAUCAGAUGAUUCGGAGGAUGACAACUAUGAUCCUGAUGUCCCUCAAGUUGAUACAGAAGAUCAUAUGGAGGAAUCUAGUUCUGAAGAGGUUCAUGAAGAACAAUCAAGUUCUGAAGAAUCAUAUUUUACCUACUCAUCUGAAUAUUCAGGGCCUUCAAAGAAGAACAAGCAUAAUGAUGAUAUUGGAUUAUCCUCUGAUGAUUCAGAAGAUGAUGAUUAUGACCCUGAGGGUCCAGAUCCUGAUAAGGAAAUCCAGAAGGAAGGUUCAAGUUCGGAUGAAUCAGACUUCACAUCUGAUUCCGAUGACUUCUGUGCUGAGCUUAACAAGAUUGGAGGUACUGAUGAAGUUUCAGCAUAUUCAUCACCAAAUCUCAGGCCACUAGAUCCUUCUGGUGAAAGAGAAUGUGUGAGCGAUAGAAACAAAAAUGCCACAAAUUCUGAGCUACCUUCCAUGUUGGAGCGAGAUGUAAGCCAAAAGAAUGCCUUACCUAUGUCAGGAAAAAGGCAACGUGAGCGUUUAGAUUACAAGAAGCUAUAUGAUGAGACUUAUGGUGAGGCAUCUUCUGAUUCAAGUGAUGAUGAAGACUGGUCUGAUGAGAGUGCACUGAAAAAGGGAAAGAAAAAUGACCAUGUAGAAGAGACUGAUGUAUUGCCAAAGGCAAUAUCUCAAUCUAUCGAGAAUUACAGAAGCUCUGGGAGGGCCAAGAGAAAGACUACAGUAGAACACAUGGUAACAAAGUCAGAUUUAGUUCAAAAGCAAGUUCUACUGGCAGUGAAUGAAGAUACUCCCAAAAAAGCACAUCAACAAAGGCUGCAAUCUACUUCUCUGCAUCACACACAAAAGCAUGAUGACCCUCGGGAGCCGGAUUCUAAGGGAAACGAGGCAACUACUUCUGUUCAAAGGCGUUUUGGUCCGGUAGUCACUCAGUAUCUAAGCAUACCAAGCUGUUGCAAGUUGCGUGUUCUAGAAGCUUGAUUGUUUACUCUUCCUUUCAUCUACAACCUAAUCUAUGAUGAAGUUACUAGUCAAAUUUCUGCUUUUGGAAUUCUGCAGCUGUCUAUAUGUACAUAUAUAUUGGUAAACAUCUUGAAUAUCUGUAAGUUUACAUGGUUGUCAGACCUUUUUGUUCUGGUGCCGGUAGAAUCCAUGCAAUGACUAUAUGAUUAUUCCUAGCAGAACAAUGUAUAUUUUACCAUCCGUGCAGAGAAAUGCUUUAAUUGAGAAUGCUGUGGAAGUACCAUCCUAUAGUGAAUAGCUGCUUGGUAGGAGCUUGAUGCCAUUCCAUGCUUUGUGGAAUUCUACUGCUACUUCUUGAAUACAAUAGCUUUGCAAGGCUGUCCUAUGAGUUCCAAUGCCAAUAGAAUCCUCUAAUACCUUUUUAGAUUAUUGGUAGCAGAACGAUGCACUUUUUAUCUUCUUUCAGGGAAAUGCUUUAGUUGAUAAUGCUGUUGAAGGACCAUCCUCUAGUGAAUGACUGUUUGGUAAGAGUUCAAACUACAUUCCAUGAUAAGUCUCACAAUGGGGGAUUUGUUGAAUUAAUAAAUUGUAUAUUGUUAGUAUGCCAACAUUUGUCUGAUUGAAAGGGUCUGUAGUCAAUGUGCUACACAACAGGGGGUAGCCCUUCCCCAGAUACCCCAAACCCUAGUAAGCCGAGAUUCGAUACUAGGUCUUUUGAUACAACUACCAAAGACUUUACCAGCUUGCUAAGCCUUUACCUUCAUAGUAUACUAACAUUGUUUGAUCACAUGGUAUUAAUAUUUUGUGAGUUUUAUUUAUGAAACACAUUUAUGGAUAUAUGCUUGUCUGUACUUGACCAUUUUAACAGCAUAACUGACUGGAGGUCGAUGAUUUUCUAUAGUAGAUUACUUGUACUCUGUAGCAAAGUUAACCUUUCACGUUACUAUGAACCUAAAAUUUGCCGAGUGAUUUCAAUGUUUGAAAUUUCUUUCUCAAAUGAGUACACGAGGCAUCUCUGCCUCAAAUAGUUCAAACCCUACACGUAUGGAAUUUGGGAUGCUAGAAUGCCUCCUGUGGUUUGUACAUAUCCAGAGUUUGUUUCAGUUGUAAAUGUGGGGCUUGCAUUUGAUUGAAAUGCAGGAUUUGUGUUCUAUUAUUGACUUGUUAUGUUAUCCCAGUGGGGUCUUUUUGGAAGUCUAAUCCUGCUAAUUAUGCAGUCAUCAAAGGGGCUUUUGGUACUUG